AUGUCCAAUCGGCACGAAAAGUUCGACUCUUUCGACGAAAAAAUCCUGAACAAUAGGCAAGUCGCUUCUGUGCGUACCUCACUCGAAGAGAGGAGGCUGGUGAGGAGACUCGAUGCUCGUAUUAUGCCCAUUGCAUGUAUCUUGUACUUUUUUGCCUACCUGGACAGGACGAAUCUUGGCAACGCCCGUUUGCAAGGAUUGCCCCAAGACAUCCUCCACGGCGAUCCAACUGGCAAGUUGUAUGAUUGGGUUAAUUCGGCGUUCUUUUUCUCCUACAUCCUGUGUCCGAUUCCCGUCACGAUCGUCUCCAAACUCUGCAAUCCUCGCCUGUGGCUGGGUUGCGCGGCUAUUGGAUGGGGAAUAUGCUCAACAUUGAUGGCAUCUGGUUAUAACUUCGGAGGUCUCAUCGUAGCGAGAAUUGGCCUCGGUGUCUUCGAAGCAUGCUUUGCUCCCGGCAUUCCGCUCUACAUGUCAUACUUCUACACGAAGGAAGAGAUGGGUAAACGCAUGGCCUACUGGUUCAGCUUCGCCGCUAUCUCUGGUGCCUUCGGCGGAGCGAUUGCAUUUGCUGUGCAGCAUGCGCAUAUUGCGCUCGCGAAUUGGAGACUUCUGUUUGUCAUAGAGGGCGCGCCAACUAUUGUACUCGGAAUAUUGUCGAUAUUCAUCCUGCCAGAUCGUCCAGAAGCAACGACGAUGCUGAACGAAGAAGAGCGCCUGCUUGCUCUAGAGCGAGUGAACAGAGGGUUGAAAGCAGACACUGGCAGAACGAUCAACAAGAAGCAUAUCUUCGCCGCCUUUAAGGAUUGGAGAAUCUAUGCUGCUGGAGUGGUCUACUUCGGUGCAAACUGUGCUUUGGCUUCGAUUUCUGCAUUUCUGCCCACCAUCAUCACCACAUUCGGUUACACGAACGCGCUCGCACAGCUGCUUACCGUGCCACCGUAUGCGGUUGCAGCAGUCUUCAUGUGUCUCACCUCGUACUGCUCAGAUAGGCUGCAGAGCCGUGGCCUCUUCAUAGCAGGAGCGAGCCUCCUCGGCAGCAUAGGCUACAUUUUGUUGCUCGCAGUGCCCGACAACAACCACGUCCGUUACUUCGCGACGUUUUGCAUCACCAGUGGCACCUACACGAUUGUCGGGAUCAUCAUCGCGUGGUUCACGCAUAACCUUGGCUCGGAGACGAAGAAGGCCACGGGCAUCCCGAUGUACAUGGCUAUCGGCCAGUGCGGUAGUAUUCUGGGGUCUCACUUGUAUCCGACUACGGAUAGCCCACGAUACAUCAAAGGAUUUGCAGUAACGUGUGCCCUCGAGUUCCUCUCUGGAGCUAUCGCGAUCGUCCUUACGGUUUACCAUCGGACGGAGAAUGCGCGCAGAGACCGAACAUACGGGAAGCCCGUACCUGAUGCAAUGGUUGAUACCUUGGAAUUGGCCGACUCCGCACCCGAUUUCCGCUAUGUGCCAUGA